CACGUAAAAUUUGUUCCGUUUUUCACAGUUGUCACCUUGGCACUUCAAUCUCCCGUCCUGCGCGUAAAGGGGCGUGGUUAGCGAGUUCUUGGCACACCAUGUAAUCCUUCCACCAUGUCUCGGAGUAAGAUUAAUGUGUGAACCGGUAUUUUAGCAAGAAACAAUGGCACCGUCUUGUUUAGAAACACAGUUUUUGUGGAACGUUCGUCGGUGACAAGUGACGUCGUUAUUCAAAGUAAUUUUCUUCGUAAUUCAACACUCACACACACGACACUCGUACGCAAAAAUAGUGUUUUCCCUAUUGGUGUCUGCGAUUUUGUCCCAAGUGACGCCGAGGUGGCGUUGAUAGGGGAUACUUUGUUUAGAACAAUAAAUACACAUAUGGUGGCGUUAUAUGAUUUUUCAAUACGGAACGCUCUAUCGUCUUUUUUAAAACUGGCGUCGUCAGUAUGCCAUCACGUUAGCACUUUGCUUGGCCUUCGUUGGGAACUUCGUGGUCGUGAACAUUUGGAAAAAGAACAAGCCUGCAUCAUUGUAGCAAACCACCAGAGCUCUUUAGAUAUUUUAGGCAUGUUUGAUAUAUGGCCAAUAAUGGAUAAAUGUACCGUAGUUGCUAAAAAAGAAAUAUUCUAUGCUUGGCCGUUUGGUCUUGCAGCAUGGUUGAGUGGUCUAAUUUUCAUAGAUAGAAUGAAUUCGGAAAAGGCUCGCUCUGUCAUUAAUACGGCCACAAAUCACAUCAUAGAGCAGAAGAUUAAAUUGUGGGUAUUUCCCGAAGGGACACGACACAACACCGGCGAAAUACAUUCCUUCAAAAAGGGUGCAUUUCACGUUGCCAUAAGCUCUCAGUUGCCCAUUUUGCCUGUUGUAUUCUCAUCAUAUUAUUUUUUAUCGGCGAAAGACAAACGAUUCGAUCCAGGACGUGUUGUUAUAACAACAUUACCACCAAUAUCUACCAAAGGUUUGGGUAAAGCGGAUAUUGAAGCUUUGAUGAAUAAAACAAGGAAAGCUAUGGCAGAAGUGUUCCACGCUACAAGCCUGGAAGUGCAGGCUUCAUGCUCAUCCAAUAAACGACAUGUGAAAUGAAAAGGUUGAAAUAUUAAUUUUUUCUAAUUAUGCAAAAUAAGUCAAUUUUUAGGGAAUAUUUUUGUUUACACCCAAGUUAUUUGCGAAAAAUAAUUAUUCAUGUACAAUUUACUUGAGACCAAAGGUUACAUUCUUUCUGAAGAAUUCAAUUAUAUUACCAAGAGAAAGAUGGUACCCUAUCUUUUGUAGUUUGAUAAGUUAGUCUUAGGUUAUACACAAAUGACUUAGAAAAAGACUUGAGUACUCUUCGUUGCUUCGGGUUGAUAUGUUCCUAAAUCAAUUAUAAUAUUCUCAUACUUCUAUAAAACUUUGGACUUAUGAUUUAGUAUCAUGUGUAUGAAUAUAGUCAAGAUAGAGGAUUCUCUAGAUUUAGAGUGAACCCCAUUUAUCUCAGGUCCAAAAAAUACAAUGUUAAGUGUUUCACAAAAGCAACCAAAGAAUAAGAAUCUAAGCUUCUGAUUAGUACUAUAAUUUCCAAACUUGCGUAAUCUUAGAUAAACAAUAUAAUGAUUUUUCAUUUUAGAUCAUUUUUAUAUAUAACUUGCAUAGUUCUGUCAAACUUUACAAUGAAUGAUUUCAAUUCGCUAUAGUAUAGUCGAAAUAUUAAAAAGCCAUCACCAAGUCGUUUGUAAUUUAUUAUACAGUAUAUUGCUAAUCGGAUAAGAACAGUGGUUAUUGAAAGGAACAUGGGAAGUUUCAGUAUUUUAUUUAUUUAUUUUAAAUGCGGGAGGAGAAAACCUUUACAAUUUUCAAGAGAAAUAUUCUUGCCUUCGAUAUAGUAAAUUUAUUUCCACAAAGGUAAUUGCUGAAAUUGUUAAAAUUAUAGCUUUUGAUAUUGUUCAAAUACAAUAACUCUGUUAAAUUGAUUAUUAUAUUUAUGUCGCUUGUUAAAACAGUAUUAAUUGAUACAUUAAUUAAUCAAAAAUUAAUUACAGUAUCGAAAAAUGAGUGAAAAUUUUCAUUUUGCCAUUUUCAAAUGAGUUUAAAAACCAACGUUUUCUUAGGGUUAUUGUUUGUAAAUUAUUUACGUAACUAGUCUGUAUAAUUUUGAUUUUCUGCCAAGAAAGUGAAUGGCUAAUACUUGUUUUUAGUACGUGGAGUACGGAUUUAUUUUUUUUAAAUUAAGGAUUAAUAAUUUUUGUAAGUGACGUAUAUACAAUUCAUGUAACUCUUAUGACAACGGAGGCAUUCCAUUUUCAAGUAGUUUCAUUUUAGAUCAAGGUUGCUAGCAACUUAACAAUGAUUGUGUAUAAAAAUGAAAAUUGACCUCAAAUGUGCCAACGCCAGGCUAGUUAUUUUAUUUAGUUUAUUUUCACAAAUAAUUUGUGAUUCCAGGUAUAAAAUUUCUAAAAUUUUGUUUUUCUGUAGAAUAGAUCAAUAUUACAUUGGUAGGUUAUUUAGAAUGAAAUACAGCUUCACAUAAAUGAAGUGAAGUUGAAAAUGGUCUAUGGAACAAUUUGACAAAUCGAAAGAUGUGAAUACAAUAUACAUACACGCAUGUCUGUGUAUUUGACGUGUUAUUUUAAUUAGCAGACUAUAAAAUAAUGAAAAUGUUUAAUAAAACAUAAACUAUCUCAAAAUAGGGCAAAAAUCUACGUCCAUAGCAUGUACCUCAAGUUUAAAAGAUCCUGUUCAAACCUAAAACUUCGGUCUUCGGUUAUUUUGCAAGGUGACCACUAAAAAUAGCAGAACAGAAUGAGGUUGAAGUUAGUAACGCUAAUGUAAUGAAAUAUUAGAAAAAGUUCAUUACUUUGCAAUUUCAAAACAGAAAUAGAAGGUUUUUCAAAAUAUGAGCACGUUAUGCCAUGUUAGCGCUUAAUAAAUUUCGGAUAUUCUAAAGUUGCAAAAAUAACUAUUUUCAUAUCAAGGGUGGUGAUCGUCGCACACGAGGGACGGCGAAACCGGCCCGGGUAUUGCUCGAUCACAUGAAGGGUCUUAUAGUUGUAUGCCCUUGACACGAACAAUAUUUUUUGUUAUAGUAGGUGUCAUAUGUACAGGAGAACGUUCAUCUUCCCUGGCGUAGAGUUGGAUGUUACCCCUCCUAGUAGGCGACAAGUAUGGGAAAAUGUUCAUGUUACGACUUUGCACCCGCAAAAAAUGAUGGUUUUCCCGUACGCCUUCUAUAAAGAAAAAGAAUUUUUCCUAAAUAUGAAUUGUUUCGGUUACUUUACUUAACUUCAACUUCAUCGAAAAGUUUUCCUGAUUUUCUGUGACGAAAUUAUUAUUUUUCCCUGACUGAAAAUCAAAAUAAUGAAUGAAGUUCCGAAUUAAUCGGUGCUCUAUUCGAAGGUCAUGAAAUACAGCAUGGCGAAAAAACUUAAAAUUUUAUUUCAUGGGAAAAACUGUUCCUUUUUGUCCCAUUACAUCGCCAUAACAUUCCCUGACCAUAUUUCAAAUUUCUUGACUUUUCUCGGACUUUCCGGUUUUUCCUGACUAGUAGCCACCAUGUCUUGAAUUGCGAAUUUUUUUUAUAAAUCUGAACAGUGGUCUGAAAAUGUAAUUACACAUAGGUAUUUACAUCAUAAAAAUAUGAACGGUCGAACAGGAUUUUAGUUUUUAUAGCUCGGUUAGAUUGCGGAACAAAAUACCAUACUGCAUCUAUGUAUUUUGUAAAUUCCAAUUACACUAGCCAUUAAUUAUACACCGAAGCGAAUUGUAUUUAUUUGAAAACAAAUAAAAUCGCAAAUUUAGAA